AUGGAAGCAUUAUGGCUGCAUGCUUAUGUCAGAUGGAUGGCUGAUAGGAGGGGCCGACAUUUGAUCAACUUUCUUGUGAACAGCCCAGAGGGGACUUACUUCUUGGAGUCUGUUGAUGCAUCAGUUGAGGUUCAAUAUGCAUUUAUGCUUGAUUUGCUAGAGAAGAAUAUUGAGGAGAUUGGGAAAGACAUUGUGGUUCAAGUUAUCAUCGAUAAUGGUGCUAACUACAAGGCAGCUGGUAGGAUUCUAAUGGAUAGGAUUCCUACACUUUUUUGGAGCUCAUGUGCUGUGCAUUGCUUGGACCUUAUGCUGGAAGACAUGGGCAAAUUGCAUCCAUUUCAGAAGAUCAUUGGACGAGCAAGACGUGUCACAACUUUCAUCUAUAGGCAUGGGAGAAUUCUUAGUUUAAUGAGAGAGAAGAUAGGUGGGGCUGAUCUUGUGAGACCUGUAGCAACUCGUUUUGCCACUUCUUUCCUCACUCUGAAGAGUUUACACAAGCACAAGGAUUCUUUGAAGGCUUUAGUUCUGAGUGAAGAAUGGAUUGGGAACAAAUUGGCAAAAACUGCAGCCGAUGCGGAAGUGCAUGACACUGUGCUCUCGGUGGAGUUCUGGAAUGCAGUUGAAGAUUGCUUUAGAGCUUCAGCCCCACUCCGUAUUGUUCUUAGGGUGGUUGAUGGUGAUGAGAAGCCUGUAAUGCCGGAUGUGACAACACUAAUGAAUCAUGCAAAAGAGAAGAUCAAGCUGAGCUUCAUUGUUGACAAUAAGAAAGUUUUGCUCAAGAAAAUCAUGGAAAUCAUUGAGAAAUGUUGGAUGAAAUAG